AUGGAUAUUUGUGGAUUUGCGUUGGUGACUGGCGCAGGGAGCGGUAUCGGCCGGGCUACGGCCCUGGCCUUUGCUCGGGCGGGAGCCGCUGGCGUAGGCUUCGCGGAUUUGAAUCUCUCCAGCGCUCAGCAGGCUGCUGAAGAAAGCAAGAAACUCGCGUCGAACACUGAAUUUAAGGCUUUGGUGUUUGAGCUUGAUGUGACAAAGGAAGAGCAGGUGGAAGCCGUUGUGGAGGAGUUGAAGCAUUCCUUUGGAAGGAUAGAUUACAUGGUCAAUUCGGCUGGGAUUGGAGUACAGAUCCCGGCGGAGAUUGCCGACGCCUCGCUGACAGAGUUCAAUCGCUUCCUGGACAUCAACGUCACAGGAUCUUUCCUCCUCACCAAGAUUGCCUCUCAAGCGAUGAAAGAGCAGGAAGCAGUGACGGUCAGCUUGGAAAAUCCCCUUCGAGGUGUGACUCGAGGCGUCAUCCUCAAUAUGGCUUCCUGUUCGUCGUACGUCGCGACGCCGUGUUUGACGCAGUACACCACGUCCAAACAUGCAGUGUUGGGGUUAACCAGAAAUGCAGCAUUGGAUAAUGCCAAGUACGAUAUACGAGUCAACUGCCUGUGUCCAUCGUGGGUCGACACGCCCAUGGUGGACCAAGCCGUGCAGGGUAAUCCAGGACUCAAGGAUUUGAUUGCAAAGGCCGUACCAAUGGGCAGGAUUGCGCAGGUGGACGAAAUCACGGAUCUCAUCCUGUUUCUGUGUAGCCCUCGAGCGAGUUAUGUCACAGGAUGUGGUUGGAUUAUUGAUGGAGGGACCACCCUGACGAGUCAUGUUUGA